AUUCCAUUCGUUCCGCUGGCCCUGUCAAAUGCCGAGCAAUCAAAUCGCGUCGUAUUUUAGUCAUUGCAAGAUUUAAUAUUUAGUUAGUGCGUUAAUGUAUUACCUUUGAAUUCAAAAGCCGUUUGCCCAACUGAUUUGGCAAAUUUAGUUGUGAAGCGUGUUUUUCAAAAUUUUCUCUUUAUAGUUCAUAGCGCGGCAUGGAAACGUCUGAAAAAGAAAAGGCCGGCGGAGACGAAGCCGAGACCAUAUCCGAGGCUCUCGAGAAGUCCACAACAUACACGGCCGCAGAAGCGGUGCUCAAGGAAAUCCCAGAUUCCAAUCCCGACGCAACCAAUUUGGAUUCAGUAUUGCAAGAAAAGGGCAAAAGCAAGUCUCCUUCGCCAGCACCCAAGAAUGGUGAUGAUAAUGCCGAGGCCAUCACCGACCGCUCACGUAGUCGCAGUCGUAGUCGCAGUGCUACCAGGAAGAGCGUCUCCCGCUCGCGAAGCGGAUCCCAUCGGUCUCGCAGCGGAUCCGCACACUCGGCAGCCAGUGGACGGCGUUCGCGCAGUGGCUCUAAGCAAUCCCUGAACGGUUCCCGGCGCUCGCGGAGCGGUUCCGCUCGCUCCCGCAGCGGCUCCCGGCAUUCUGGCGGAGCUCCGGGCUCGCCUACUGGAUCCAGACGUUCGCGCAGCGGCUCUAGACGAUCCCGCAGUGGCUCCAGGCGUUCCCGCAGUGGAUCUAAGCGAUCACGUAGUGGAUCGCACCGCUCACGCAGUGGAUCUAAGCGCUCCCGCAGUGGAUCACGUCGCUCCCGUAGCGGCUCUAAGCGAUCUCGCAGUAGAUCUGGUUCUAGACGCUCAAAUAGAUCACGGAGUGGUUCUCGACGUUCGCGAAGCGGCUCUGGAUCUAGAAGAUCUCGCAGUGGAUCGGGAUCAAGGCGUUCUCGAAGUGGCUCGAGGCGCUCUCGCAGUGGCUCUCGACGCUCCCGUAGUGGCUCCAGGCGCUCACGGAGCGGAUCCAGGCGCUCUCGCAGUGGAUCAGCGCGCUCACGUAGCGGAUCUCGCCGUUCCCGCAGUGGUUCUAGACGCUCCCGCAGUGGGUCCAGGCGUUCUAGGAGCGGGUCCAGGCGUUCGCGCAGUGGUUCGGGCUCCAGGCGAUCUAGAAGUGGAUCAAGACGAUCCCGCAGCGGAUCCAGGCGCUCGAGAAGUGGAUCCAGGCGCUCCAGAAGUGGAUCCAGACGUUCUAGAAGCGGUUCCAGGCGCUCAAGAAGUGGAUCUAGGCGAUCUAGAAGCGGAUCCAGGCGCUCUAGAAGCGGAUCUAGACGCUCCAGAAGCGGAUCAAGACGUUCCAGGAGUGGAUCGAGACGUUCUAGAAGCGGUUCCCGUUCCCGCAGUCGCUCCAUUAGCGGUGGUUCGCGAAAGGGAUCCCGAUCUCGGUCUCGGUCGGGUAGUGCCACAUCCCAGACUGCUUCCAGGCGAAAAAGACUGGCCGUCAGCGACUCUGAUGACGAAGGACCGAAGGUGACAAAGAAGCGCGUUAAAAUCACGGACACAGACAAUGAAGAGGAUGAACAGGGAAAUGGCCUAGGCAAAGAGAAAUCACAAGAUAAAAUCACAGAGAGCUCUGACGAUGAGAACACACCAAUUUCAAAUGAACCAGAAAACAGUAACUUUAUUUCGGACUUUGAUGCUAUGCUCUUGAGAAAGAAGGAAGAGAAGCGAGUGCGUCGUCGCAAGCGCGAUAUUGAUCUGAUCAACGACAACGACGAUCUGAUUGAUCAGCUUAUAAUCAGUAUGAAGAACGCCUCGGACGAUGACCGUCAGCUGAACAUGAUGGGUCAACCGGCCACGAAGAAGAUUUCAAUGCUGAAGCAAGUGAUGUCACAGCUGAUCAAGAAGCACUUGCAGCUGGCCUUCUUGGAGCACAAUAUACUCAAUGUACUUACAGAUUGGCUAGCGCCCCUGCCAAACAAAAGUCUGCCAUGUCUUCAGAUACGCGAGAGUAUUCUUAAACUAUUAUCAGAUUUUCCUACCAUUGAAAAGGGACUUUUGAAACAGUCGGGCAUUGGCAAGGCUGUAAUGUAUUUGUACAAACAUCCCCAGGAGACCAAGACGAAUCGCGAUCGCGCUGGUCGCCUGAUUUCAGAGUGGGCCCGUCCGAUAUUUAACCUCAGCUGCAACUUCUCAGCGAUGAGCAAGGAGGAGCGUCAGGAGCGUGAUUUGGCGCAGAUGUCGCGUCAUCGGCAUAAGAGUCCAGAUCCAGAGCCUUCCUCCAGCAGUAAAGCACCUACCUUGAAUCAGACCUUCUCCAACGAGGACAAGCUACUGCGUCCUGGAGAUCCCGGCUGGGUGGCGCGCGCUCGUGUUCCCAUGCCCUCCAACAAGGACUACGUCAUCCGCCCUAAGUCAACCGUCGAGGGUGAAAUCUCCACGUCAACCAAGCGCAAGCCAAACCGCUACGAGAAGCAUAUGAAACGUUUUCUGGACUCAAAACGACUGAAGGAGAGCCGCAGGGCAGUUGAGAUAUCGAUAGAGGGUCGGAAGAUGGCACUGUAAGCAGCAUUCUAGCUAACUUUAAAUUAAAUAAAAUCGAAAUCAUAGAACAAAAUUUAAAAUAUAUAUUUUUGAAUAUAACUCCA